AUGGUGAGCCCUAGGAAGAUCUACCAAUCUUCUUUCCCUCGAUGGUACAACCCCUAUGCAACUUACGCUUAUCAUGGGGGUGUCUCGGGGCAUUCAAUAGAACAAUGUGUGGCCCUCAAACAUAAGGUCAAGAGUUUGAUCGAUGCGGGGUGGCUGACAUUCCAAGAUGACAGCCCAAACGUAAGGACGAAUCCUCUUCCCAGUCAUGGGGAAUCGGCAGUUAAUGUGGUGGAGGAGUGUGGACCUCAGAGGCCGAAGCAGAUGGAAGAUGUGGUAACCUCUAGGAGGUUUAUAUUAGAAGCACUGCACGAGGCGGGCAUUAUUUGCCUUGACGGGGGCAAGGGAAAUGCUUGCUUAAUACACCUGGGGGCAGCACACGAUGUAGAGGCAUGCCCUGUGGUAGAGGAUUUGCUACAAGGGAUGAUGGACCAAGGCCUGUUUGAAGUUUGUGGCACAAGGAAGGGGGAGCAAGAUGUGUGCAUGCAAUCGGCUGAUAAAAGCCCGAGUAAGCCCAGGCCAUUGGUGAUCCACUUUACCAAAGAUGCUGCCACGCAAAUGCCCCGAGGCUUCCAGCCUAUCCCGGUUAAGAAGUCAGUCCUUUUCCCCUACAAGAGUGACAAGGCAGUCACUUGGAGGUACGGCCCUCAGAGGCCCAACGGAAGGAAGGAUGAGUCCGUCUUAGAUGAUCUAUCCUCUGCCAAGGUCACAAACAUCUCUAGCACAAGCGGCAUAACUCUUAGUGGGCGGAUCUUCGUGGCACCCGAGCCGCCGAUGCGGUCCAAGGACCCGAAGGGAAAAGCGAAGGCAGGCGUGGAAGAGAGCGGCAAGGCGAGCCUGAUUCUGGAUGAAGAGGUCCUAGCCAGAAGGUUUGCUAAGGAAGAAGAGGACUUCAGCAUAAAAGGAAUAUCCGCUGAAGAAGCAACCGAGUUCCUGCGCAUCAUCCAGCAGAGCGAGUUCAAGGUAAUUGAACAACUCAAUAAAACCCCUGCUGGGAUCUCCCUGUUAGGACUACUCAUGAGCUUUAAGCCUCGUCAGGCGCUUUUGGUUAAGAUCUUGAAUGAAGCCCACAUGGCCCAAGACAUAUCUGUGAAGGGUUUUGGGGGCAUCAUCAACAAUAUUACCGCCAACAAUUACCUCACAUUCGCCGACGAGGAGAUACCCGUUGAGGGCCAGGGACACAAUAGGACCUUACAUGUAUCCGUCAAGUGUUUGGACCACAUCGUGGCCAAGGUGCUUAUUAACAAUGGCUCGUCACUCAAUGUCAUGCCCAAGGCUACUUUGGACAAAUUUCCUUUUGAUACGUCACACCUAAGGCCAAGCUCCAUGGUGGUGCGGGCUUUUGAAGGCAGCUGCCGGGAUGUAAGGGUGGAGAUUGAUCUCUUAAUUCAGAUUGGACCCCACGUCUGCCAAAUCACUUUCCAAGUGACGGAUAUCAACCCAGCCUAUAGCUGCCUAUUAGGCUGA